AUGUACACGCUAUCCGGUGGAGAACAGACUUCCUUACAGCCCUAUGGAUCAGUAUGCCAAAGCGAUGGAACGAAACUUGAAGAAAUACCCAUGCAAUACGCAUCGAAUGAAAUGAACAAUCGGCGGUACUCCCUUCCAAAGGAUCUUACAGUUGACAAUCCAUUCAGCAAACGUGAGAUGUGGAUAUUUGUGACUGUCUACUCAAUCUGUGUCGUGUUUCUCGUAUGCAUGUACGAAUAUCUAAUGCCAGUGUUCAACAAUCCCACCUAUCCGUAUUAUAAUUAUGUGCCAAACUACUCAUUCAAACAGCCAUCGAAGACCCAGUAG